AUGAGUGCAAAAAUAACACAACGUCGUCGUCAACUCGAUAAUAAACGUUCAUCGAGUGUAAAUAAUGAAAAUACAAAUGGAAAUGCAAAUAUUAUUGCAGCAGCUGCUGCAGCUAGACGACGAAAUCAACAUCGUCAUUAUCCAACAUCAAAUCGAUCUCGUUUUGAAUAUUUAUUUAAAAAUAUAAUGAAAAAAAAAUUUCCAAUUACAAUACCAUCUUAUUUAAUAACAAUGAUUGGUGGAUUAAUAUUUGCAUUUUUUUUAUAUAGAGUUAUAAUAACAAUUAUUGAUUAUCGUAAUCAAUAUGAAUAUACAAAUAUACCAAUUAAAUUACCUAAACUUGUUAAUAUUAAUGAUACAACACCCAAAUUUAGUCCAGAAAGAUUUUGGGGAACAUAUAGAUCCAAUUUAUAUUUUGGUAUAAAACAUCGAAGUGCUCGAUCAUUAAGUGGUGGAUUAAUGUGGUUCGAUUAUAAUAAAUUACAGCAAUCAAAUGAUAGAUUUCUUAGACAUUGGUGUGAUCAAAAUGAUCGUUUAAAAUAUGGAUGGACUUAUCAUGAUGGAGAAACAUUUGGUAUUGAACAAAUUUAUGAUGAUAAUUUACAUUUAAAUAUUCAAUGGCUUAAACAAAUUAAUGGAGAACAUGGUGGAGAUUGGACAACAAGAAUUAAUGUUACUCCACAACCUCAAAAUCGUACAAUACCAAUAUCUUUAUUUUUCUAUUUUCAUCAUGAUCUACCUUGGAUUGAUGAAAUAAGUACAAUAUCAAAUGAAUCUCCUGAUAUAAUAAUAAUUCGUGGUCAAACAAAUGAAUUAGAUGGUUUUACAAUAAAAAUUAAAUUAAAUACACAAACAAAUCAAAUUUUAACACGUACAUUAACUGAUAUAUUUCAUUUAGAUAAAAUUCAUGAAAAUCUUCUAACAAAAUUAACAACAAAUUCUUAUGAACAACCUUAUGUACUUCUUAUUGAUCAACCAUUUAAAGAUUUUGAACAUAAUACAUUUUUUAUUCAAUUAACAUUAAAACAACCAUUAGUUAAUGAAAUAUUUUCAUUUGAUAUUAUUUAUCAAUCUGAUUCAUCAAAUAAUGAACGAGAACAAGAUUUAACUGGUUAUUAUUUUAAUGAAGAAAUUAAUCGUUUACAAAAACAAUUUGAUGAACGUUUUGAAAAUAUAUUUCAAUUAAAAACAAAACAAAAUAUGGAUAUUAAAAAAAUUAAUUUUGCUAAAUCAACAUUAAGUAAUUUAAUUGGUGGAAUUUCUUAUUUUACUGGUAAAUCAUUAGUAGCAAAAGUCAAUCAAAAAAUUCCAGAUGAAUAUUGGACAACAAAUUUAUAUACAGCUGUACCAUCACGUUCAUUUUUUCCACGUGGUUUUCUUUGGGAUGAAGGUUUUCAUAAUCUUCUUAUUGCUCGAUGGAAUAAAAAUAUAACUAUUGAAAUUCUUUCACAUUGGUUUGAUAUGCUUAAUGAUAAUGGAUGGAUACCUAGAGAAGUAAUACUUGGUGAUGAAGCUCGUAUUCGUGUACCAACUGAAUUUCAAAUACAAUAUACUAAUAAUGCUAAUCCUCCAACAUUCUUUUUAACAAUUGAAUAUUUAUUAAAAAUUGAUCCAAAUAAUCAUUUAUUUAAUUUACCAUUUAUUCAACGUCUUGAAAAAUGGUAUCAAUGGUAUAAUCGUACACAAUAUGGUUCACAACCAUUAACAUAUCGUUGGCGUGGUAGAAAUGCAUCAUCAAUAUAUGAAUUAAAUCCAAAAACAUUAACAAGUGGUCUUGAUGAUUAUCCACGUGCAUCACAUCCAACUGAUGGUGAACGUCAUAUAGAUUUACGUUGUUGGAUGACAUUAGCAUCAACAAUAUUAGGUAAACUUUAUACAUUAAUAAAUAAUGAACAAACAAAUCAAUAUUUAAAUUAUGCACAAUUACUUUUAAAUAAUGAACAACUUGAUCAAUUACAUUGGUCUGAACAAUAUGGUAUGUAUGCUGAUUAUGGUUUACAUACUGAUUAUAUACAAUUACAACGUGUACCUAUUGGAAAAUUAAAUCCACAACAACCACAACAACAACAACAAACACAUAUGAUUAGACAAAUUACAAGACAAUCAGAUUUAAAUCUUAAAUAUGUUAAACAUUUUGGUUAUAUAUCAUUAUUUCCAUUAAUGACACGUAUUUUAAAUUCACAAUCACCAAAACUUGAAAAAAUUUUAAAUGAUUUACAAAAUCCAAGUUUAUUAUGGACACAAUAUGGUUUAAGAUCAUUAGCACAAACAAGUUCAUUAUAUGGUAUUAGAAAUACUGAACAUGAUCCACCUUAUUGGCGAGGUGCUAUAUGGAUUAAUAUGAAUUAUAUGGUUUUAUCAGCUUUACAACAUUAUGCAAAAACAUCUGGACCAUAUUCUGAUAAAGCUCGUCAAAUAUAUGGACAAUUACGUACAAAUUUAAUAACAAAUAUGUAUCGUGUUUAUGAAAAAACAGGUCAUAUUUGGGAACAAUAUGAUGAUAAGACGGGUCAUGGACAAGGUAGUCAUUCAUUUACAGGAUGGUCAUCACUUAUUGUAUUAAUUAUGUCUGAACUUUAUGAUGACUAA